AUGGGGGCUUCCACAGCAACGGUUGCCAUUAUACAAUCGGAACCUUCAACCUCUUCAAGUUCAAGUCCUUCUAGCUCCCGUCCUGAGGAUGGAGCAACAGUUGGCAACACAUUCACUCAAAGUUCAGCUGUAUCAGAAUCCCAAAGCACCUCUGAACGCACAUCUAGAUCAGUGUCUCCUGAUUCUACACCAGUCAGAGUAACUACAGUGUCCUCACUACCGUAGCCACGUCCCAAACUAUUCUAUCCACAAUUGCGUCGACUACCGUAUCACCAACGGCAUCAAUAGCUACAGUAACCUCAGGAGCUCCAACUUCAACGUUCUCGUCAGGUCUCACGUCUUCUGCAUCAAGUGGGUCACAAGUAACUACGAACUAUCCUACUGUGACCCCGUCAACUCCUGCAGUUGCCACGUCAUCACCUCCUACUACUACCGGACCAACUCUAGGAGAAUCAACUAUCACAUUGUCGACACUUCUUUCAACAGUGCCAACAUCUCAAGACAUAUCGGGUGUGAGCACGGCUCCUACUACAAAAGCCACAUUGCCGCCCAUAACCUAUCCGCCUGCUCCAACUACUACCACCAUCAAUUUGGCUCCUAUCACCUACCCACCUAUUCUCACUACUACGAUUAGCCUGGAGCCAAUUUUCGAACAAGUACCAGUCAACUUGCCACCGAUUUUCAGCCAAAAUCCUGCUGUACCUAGCAACGAGGAAAAGAAUCCACUUUCUCCAAUUUUCAAUGACGUUCCAUCAGCUUAUCAACCAUUAA